UCUUCGUAUCGCAUCGAAUCGAAUCGAGCGAUUUUUAUAUUUUGUGUAUGAAAAGUUGUAAAAUUGUUGAUCGUAUUGUUGUCUUUCAAUUUCACUUGCAUGUGCAAUAGCUACGACGCUAAAAAUAUAUAAAAUUAAACAAUAGAGCCCACUAGGCAGAUAAAAGAGCAUGUAAAAAACCAAAACGCCACGUUCUAUAAACAGCACCGCUCAACAUACAUACAUAUAUAAUUAGUAACUUUUUGCCGCCGCAUAGCAACACACAACUAACGAAAGUUUUUCAAAUAGACAAUCACUAUAUUUUUUUAAUAUACUUGUUGGUGAAUUCAAAGAGAGCGCAAAAGCCCGAAACAACGUGCCAAAAUAUAAUUUUUUAGUGCGUUUCCAAUGUAGCCCUUCAUGGAUAAUUAGCACGAGCCCGUUGUGUGACUAUAUAACAGUUUCGUGUUAAAUCUGUAUGCCAAAUACAUAUAUUGUAAAUUACCGUUAUAUAUAAAUACAAUCUGUUAACAAGCCAACACACAUAUACUACAACUCGAGUCUCUUUCUCUCUGAGUGAGUCAUCAGCACAUUUAAAUUUUCCGUUCUUCAAAUGGGUUGACUUGUGACAUUUAAGCUUCCUGGACCCGGGAAACAAAAAGGGAUACAUAUUGAAUACCUAAACGCAAAAGACAGACCCCAGCUAUAGCUGCAAUUGGAACUUAGCCGCCGUUUUAAACCAAAUUUUAGACCAAUUUUAUUUUAAAUUACUGCACAAAUUGAAAUUGAAUUUCUCGCAAAUUUUGAAGAGCUUAACCAAGCGACGUUUUUAUAACCAAUGAACCAAGCGGCCGUAGCGCUAACAAGCGUGGCCCACCUCAACAGCAGCAGGAGCAACCUCCAAACACACUCUGGCCUGUUUGGUCUAGUUAUUGCCAUCAAACUGGGCCACUCCUACGCCAAGCGCGCCGAUCUCAAUUAUAUCAACGUGUGAACAACUCGCAGCCCGCAAUCCGUAGCCAAAGUACAAAUUCUCAAGCAGCAGCUCCAACUCCAUUGAAGCUCCACACUUAACCGACGAGCCGACGCAGCUUCAGGACGGACGGAACGAUGUUGAAAGUUGUUGGUGCAUCAUGGCAAAAAACUCGUGUUGGGACAUAUAUACUAAUUGGCGCCGGUCUGUUGGUUAUUGGCGCCUUCUUUAUCGGUUAUAUGGAGCGUCCCGAAUAUGAUGGCACAUACUGUGCCACAGCCUAUUGGCCCAAGGAGGGUCUCAGCAUUGAGAAUUGGAAGCAGCAAAAUGAUUUGGUAAACAUUCCAAAAGGAGUGGCGAGAAUAUGUUACAAGGAUUCGGUUUAUGAGAAUGGAUGGGCGCAAAUUGAGGUGGAAACGCAACGCAUUUAUCCAGACUGGAUGCAGGCCUAUGCGGCGGGCAUGCUGGAGGGCUCACUGACCUGGAAGAACAUCUACAAUCAGUGGAGCAACACCAUCUCCUCCUCCUGCGAACGCGACGAGAGCUCGCAAAAGUUUUGCGAGUGGCUGCGUGAGCUGCUGACCAGCAACCAUGAGUGGCUUACAGAGCAGGCCAAGCUGAAGGCGCCGCAUGACUUGUACUGGCAUCAGGUGCACAUGAUACUCGAACAGCUGCAGGGUAUGGCCGAUGGCUAUGUGCGCGGCGCUACGCGCGCACGCUCCGAUCUGGAGGAGGAAAUCGAGCUAGCGGACUUUCUGCUUAUGAACGCAGCAGCGGAUAUACAAGAUCUGAAGAUCUACUACGAGAACUAUGUGCUGCCCAAUGGCACGGCUACCGAGACGGGUGAUGGCAAGAACUUCUUUCUGCCGAGUGCUACUAUGUUGACCAGAAUAAUGCGCCAGGAGCAGGCGCCGGGAGCGGAGACGACAACGCCAGCGCCAAAUGCAGCGCAGUCGCUGCAGCUGCUCUUCGGUCACAGCACGGCGGGCAGCUAUGCCUCCAUGUUGCGCAUACAGAAGCGCUACAAGUUCCACUUUCACUUUGCGCCGCAGCCACGCAGCAACACUGUGCCCGGAGUGGAUAUAACUUUUACUGGUUAUCCGGGCAUUAUAGGCUCGACGGAUGACUUCUAUGUGGUGAAGGGCAGACAGGUGCAAUCGAUUGUGGGCGGUGUGAGCAUGAAGAAUGAAAAUCUGCAGCUCUGGCAGGCGGUAAAUGUGGAGCAUAUGGUGCCGCUGGUGGCGCGUGUCAUGGCCGCCAAUCGCAUAUCACAAAAUCGCCAGAGCUGGGCCAAGGCCAUGGCCAAACAUCCCUAUACAGGCGCCAAGCAGUGGGUAACUGUGGAUCUGAACAAGCUGGGCGCACAGGAUAAUCUGUACAACACUUUGGCCGCAGAUGAGAAGCUCGACGAUGCGGCAGUCGCACUGAAUGAGAAAGAUAAAGCUGCAAUAAAUGCGCGUCACGAUCAGCUGAAGCAUAUGGUCUGGAUAGCCGAGCAGCUGCCCGGACGCAUGCAUGCCAAGGAUGUGACCGAGAACUUUUUGCUCAAUGGCAACUCCAGCUGGUUGGCCAAUGGUGUGCCCUACUUUGAUGAAAUAUUGACGGCUAGCGGUGGCAGCGUGGAGCAGCAACAGCAACAACAGCUAAGCGCUGCGGAGGAGUCAGAGCUGAGCAAUCUGGAGGCGGUGGACAAGUAUUUGCGCACACACGGCUUUCGCGGCGACCUCCUGGGCGAACAGUCCAUUGCCUAUGGCAACAUAGAUCUUAAGCUGUUCUCCUAUAAUGCGCGUUUGGGCAAGAGCGACUAUCACGCCUUUGCCGGUCCCAUCUUUCUACGCAUGCAACAUGUGCCCGCUAGCGCUGCCACCGAUUCGCCUGCGCCCGCCAGCGCCAUUGGCGAUGAGCGUCUGUCUGUUAGCAUUGAUGAUGCAGCUGCUCUGGCCGAACUGCAGCUCAUUACGGAGCGUCGUUCAGUGCGCAAUGAUAUGCGCGCCAUUGCCAUGCGCCAGGUGGAGUCCAAGCCUUUUAGCUGGUCCGCCAUGGGUCUGGAGGAGCAGAAUCAUGCUGGUCAUCCGGAUGUUUGGAAUUUCGACAAGGUAUCACCCAAGUGGGCCUGGUAGCUGCUCUGCUUACUUCGAAUUUUUGUCACUGAUUUUAUCUUCACGUGUUCGUAGAUUUUAUAAAUUUUGUAUGUGUGUGUCUCGUCCAUUUUUUUGUAUAACAAAU